AUGAACACUCUUUCCCACAUCUUCCAUCUCGGAUGGCUUGUCAAAAUCCUCUGGUAUCCGAUGUGGAUCAGUGCAUAUAUAGUGAAAGUUUUCUCUGAAAUGUACAUCAUUGUCAUUUCAUUGUUCUCGAUUUCAAGAUAUUUUGUGUACUACUCCCUUGCGAAACCAUCUGUAGAACUGACACAAAACUGUGUAAAGGCUGGAAUUAGAGUCAUUUCGGGACUCAUGAUUUUCAAGGAUUUGGUUUUGUUCAAUUGGCUGAUUGUCGUUUUGGAAAUUAAGGAAUAUAAAGAAAUGGAAAGAAUUCUAGGUUAUUAUUAUGGAAUCCACCUGACAUAUCAGCUUCUGUUAUUCCUAGCGGCUUUUCUUCAGAUCCCUAUAUUAUGUUCGACUUCAAAAGCUGAAAUAGAACCCAGCCGUCCCGAAAAACUGAUUUAUUUUCAAACUGUGCUCAUCGCCUUUUCAAAAUUGAUUCUGAUUCCAACCCUACUAUUUCUAUUAUACAAAGGAAUCAAUCAUUCAGUGCUAUCCGCCAUAUUUGUGUCAGUGGAUCUUUUAUUGGUUCCAAUAGCUGUCCAGAUUUCCGAGAUUUGUAACAGACCGACUGCUGUUCGUUCUGCUGAACUCCAAAUGGGUCCUGUUUAA